CACUUUAAGUAGGACACGAUAAGCAGUCACAUGACCUUAUCUCACAUGACAUGAGUUGAUCAGCAAAUUUAAAGUUUCAAAGUUAAAGUUAACAACAAAAGAAGUUACAAAUAGUGGCAAAACUGGCAAACAUGGCUUCCAAAUUUGAGAGUUCUAUUCACAGAGGAUCAGACUUGUUCUUCGACUUCUCUUGUUUCACCUGUCAGGAAAAUGACAGAAACACAGAGGCUGAAUUUUACUGUGAAGAAUGUUCUAAAUGUUACUGUAACAAAUGUGUGGAGCCUCAUAACUAUCUGUUCAAGAAGCAUGCAAUUUUGAGCAAGGAAAACAUCAGCAAAUGGCCUGAGACUAAUGUGGCUGAACAAGAAAAAUGUCAGGAGCACAAGAAAGAAAAACUGACAAUAUUUUGUGAGGACCACAGUCAGCUGAUAUGUCAUGUCUGCCAUGUACACAAUCAUCUGAAAUGCAGUUAUAUUGUACUAAUAGCUGACAAAGUGAAAGACCUCCUUCAAAAAGGAGACUUCAGGCAGUUGUCAGAAACUGUUGAUACACAACACCGGCAGUUGAUACAAAUGAAAGAUGACUUUGAGGAAAAUAUGAAAUCUCUUGAGAAAUCGUACAACAAAAUUCUAGAUGAAAUCGAUGCUUUACGAAAGAAAAUUACUAAGUCAUUGGAUCAAUUGGAGAUCAAUACUAGGCUGGCCUUGGACACAAUGCUGGCUUCCAUGAGGACAUCUAUCAAAACAGACAUUGAACACUGCACGACGUCUAUCAAAAAUAUAACAUGCUUAACAGAAGAUUGGUGCGGAAGAAAAGACACAAGUGAAGCACUGAGCUAUAUCAAGUACAAAAAUUGCCAUGACCAGUCCCUUAAGACAGACGCAGUUUUAAAAGCCAUGACAACAAAGAAUAAGAUGACACUAUCCUUUAAUCCUGACACAACCAUACAACAUGCACUUUCCACCCUCACAGGAUUGGGACAAAUACUCAGCAAAGUGAAACAAUUACAAACUGCUGAAAGCACAACACACAAAACAGUCACCAGACAAGAAAUGUCUAAAGCUUGCAACACAGUAUUCAGCCUACAACGCCAACCAAGUGAUGUGAACCAACCAUCAGUGAUAUGUGAUCCAAACCAAGUCAUCAGAGUGAAGAGUAGCAAGAAGUAUAGAGUGAAAACGAUGAAUGAUGCUCUUGAAUGCUAUAUAACAGGUAUCUGUGAGAAAGCUGCUGGUGAACUCAUCAUCACAGACCACUGGAACGAUAAUGUGAAGCUGCUGGAUCAGACCUACAAGGUAAUGGCCCACUGUGACUUGCCUGGUCAUCCAAUGUCCAUCUGCAGUAUUGAUUCCAGUCUGGUGGCUGUAACUGUGUGUUUUGUCUCUAAAGUCCUCUUCAUCAGGGUGACCAAUGGUCAGCUGGUAAUCGACAGGAUACUGGAGCUCCAACAUCGCUGCUGGGGUAUUGCCCAUCACAAGGGUAACCUGUACAUUACAAAUGGUAUGGCUCUGUAUCACUACACUGUGGAUGGAAGACUGGUGAGCAAGAUGUAUGAAUAUUCAUCAGGUUCAAGGAUAGACAAGAACUGUGCAGUGAGUCCUGAUGGAGCCAGGAUAUACGUAGCCAAUGCGGCCAGUAAUCAGCUGGUAACACAUUCCAGGGAUGGUAGAGUGAUCUCCACACUCACUGAUCCUGCACUGGGCGGGAAUUCUGCCUUCUUCUGCCUCCCGGGUAUCCAUGUGACAGACUUAGGACAAGUUCUGGUAUGUGGAGUCCAGUCAAACACAAUCAUCCAGGUGGACAUGGAUGGAAGAAAGAGACUGACAGAGGUGGUCACAGCCAGGGAUGGUGUGACUAACCCGCGUUCAGUCUACUACAGUAAGCACAGAGGCUCACUCAUUGUGGGAAUGUGGGAGAGGGAUGACAUUAGAGUGUAUGAGGCACAGUGACUGGUGGAGGUGGAGGAUGUUAACCCUUUGCAUGCUGGGAAAUUUGUCGUCUGCUAAAAUGUUGUCUGCUGAAUUUCUAAAAUAAGCAUUUUCUUCAUUUUUUUUCAAAGAAUACUAUCAGAAUAGCAAACAGUUUGGAUCCUGAUGAGACGCCACGUUCUGUGGCUUCUCAUCAGGAUCCAAAUUGUUUGCAAAGGCCUUCAAAAUUUGGUUCCAGCACUUAAAGGGUUAAUUUAUAAUAAUUUACACGCUCAUAUGUACAGUUGUCAUGUAAAACAAUGUUACAGUUUGCAUACACUGUAUCACAUACGACACAGUGAUUGUUGGAAUAGGACAUAUUCAAUAUCCCCUGUAUGAAACUAGAACACAUUUUUCAACGAAACCAGUCUUUACCAUACCUAUAUCAUUAUGAAAUGUUAAUAGAAAUUUGGUCACAAAACUUAUUAUUUUUUAAUAGAAACUAGGUUUAAAAGCAUUGUUAAAAAAUUUCAGAAUUAUCAAUUCAAAUGAUUUUGUUUGAGAGAAUUAUUUAAUUAUUUUUAUACAUAUUAUAUUAUGAUAGUGUUUAUGAUGUGAAUGUAUUUAGAUGUGUUGUUAUUAUUAUGUAUUGUUAUUUACACUUAUAAAUAUUCAUUGAGUCAGUAUGUCAAGUAUUGUUCAUUUUUUUUUAAAUUAUUAUUUCAGUAAUUUAGUAAACUACAAGAGCUGUCUACAUAGGAUGACAUAUGCCCCUGAAAAACGCUUUGAUAGUUAUGUAUAAGACAGCUAAAUAACAGAACAAAAUUUUGAAACCUAAAUGCCCACCCAACUUCAAGGCCAUGGCCACAGGGGUCAAAAUUUGUAUGCGUAUGGAAAGGCCUUGUCUAUAUACACAUGCAAACAAAAUAUGAAGGUACUUCUUAUGAGCAUUUUUCGAAAUCUAAAUGCAGAUUUUGAAACCUAAACGCGGGCCCUAAGUUCAAGGUCAAGGUGAAAGGGGUUAAAAUGUGUGUGCGUAUGGAAAAACCUUGUCAUUAUACACAUGCAUACCAAAUAUGAAGGUUACAUCUGAAGGGACAUAGAAGUUUUGAGCAUUUUUCAAAACCUAAAUGCAGAUUUAGAAACCUAAACGCGGACCCUAAGUUCAAGGUCAAGGUGAAAGGGGUAAAAAUUUGUGUGCUUAUGGAAAGACCUUGUCCAUAUACACAUGCAUACCAAAUAUGAAGGUUACAUCUGAAGCGACAUAGAAGUUAUGAGCAUUUUCGAAACCUAUAUGCAGAGUUUGAAACCGAAACGUCGACCCUAAGUUCAAGGUCAAGGUCAAAGGGGUAAAAAUGUGUGUGCGUAUGGUAAUGCCUUGUCCAUAUUCACAUGCAUAUCAAAUAUGAAGGUUACAUCUGAAGCGACAAAGAAGUUAUGAGCAUUUUUCAAAAAAGUGUGACGGACAGACUGACGGCCAGUGCGAUCACUAUAUGCCUACCUUUGGGGGCAUAAUAACAUCAAGUUGUUAUGUAACAUGGUGUUUGAAUGUGUUUGAUCAUAACAAUGGUCUAAUUAUUUGGAAUGUAAUAAAAAGAUUCAAUAUC